AUGACGUGGAUGUAUCAUGCAAAAAGGACAGACGCCUAUUUUCGUGGAGAGCUUAACAAAUUCAUUCAAGUUGCUGAGAACCAUGCAAGAAAUGAGAAGACACAGCUGAUGCAUUGCCCAUGCAAUGACUGCAAGAAUUUGAGAGUAUUCAGCGACUCAACUACAAUCAGAUCGCAUGUGAUUGUGACAGGUUUUGUCAAGGACUACACGGUCUGGAAGAAACAUGGCGAUACGGAUGCUCCACCUCAGGCAGAUAAUCCACUUGAUGAAAUCGUACAAGAUGAGGAUUUUAACAGAUUGGUUCAUUCUUAUUUUUACGGUGGCGGAGAUGAUGACGGUGUCGACGACAAUGAUGAUGAUGCUGAUUAUGGUGGUGGUGGUAUUGGUGGAUCCCAUGGUGAUGACGUCGACUGUCCCAUGGAUGGUGAUAGUAGUGAUGAUGAACUUAACGACGGUGAUUUUCUCGGCCAGUUGUUGCGCCACACCAAAGCGGAGGUAUUGGUUGCUAGUGCCCGGGGGUUAGCAAACUUUGAGACGGUGAAAAAAUCAGCUGAGGAACUUAUUUAUGACCGCUCGAAGGGAUGCCCGAAACACUGGACCGUGCUUCGUUUCAUACUUGAGCUGCUGACUCUGAAGGCUAAGCAUAGUUGGUCAGAUGGUAGUUUCAAUUAUCUGCUGCGUAUCUUGGCUUGGUUGCUUCCAAAGCCAAAUAAAGUGCCAGCCAACACAUACAGAGCAAAUAAGCUUGUUAGCCCGUUCACCAUGGGUGUGAAAAGAAUCCAUGCGUGUCCUAAUCAUUGUAUAUUGUAUCGUGGGGACACUUUUAAAGACCUAAAGAAAUGCCAUGUAUGUUCCGCAAGUUGGUACAAAAACAAUGCUGGAUACUAUGGUGAUGACAAUCAAAAUCCAACCAAUGUGAAUAAGGGGAAGGCCAUCGUUGAGCCAGAUGACACUACUUUAGGCAUUUCUGAGAAGCAAAGCAGAAUUCCCGCUAUGGUUAUGUGGUACCUCCCAGUUUCUGAUUUCCUUAGGUGUUUAUUCUCGAACCCAAAGGAUGUUGAGCUGAUACGAUGGUGGGAUUCAAAUAAGCGCAAAAAGGGUGACGGAAAACUCCGACAUCCAGCUGAUGCUCGGCAUUGGAAGGAAUUCGAUGGCAAGUACUAUCUGGAAUUUGGGAAUGACCCAAGAAAUGUUUGGUUCGCGCUGAGUACGGAUGGAAUGAAUCCGUUUGGUGAAAGAAGUAGCACCCACAGCACAUGGCCAGUGAUACUGACGAUGUACAACCUGCCUACAUGGUUGUGCCAGAAGAGGAAGUAUCUUUUAUUAACCGUGCUUAUACACGGCCCCAAGCAUCUUGGCAUCGAUAUAGAUGUUUUUCUUGAGCCUCUGAUGUAA